AAGCGACUUGCAUUCAUUUAUAUGAUGUUAAUUUUAUUAGAAUUUAUAAAUGAGUGUUGAUAAAAGUGCAACAAAUUCUUUGAAUAAAAAAAUGGACGAUCCUUUGCGUCCAAAAGCGGUGCCGCUUGACUCCGAAACCGUACUUUGGUUUGAGUUUCUACUCGAUCCACAAUUAAUUACCAAGCACCUGCAAAAGCUUAAUCCAGAUCCCAGCGCAUUGGAACUAAUGACACAAUUCAUAUCUGUUACACCGGAUGUAAUAAUACCAACACAGUAUGAUUUAACCUCGCCAGACACAGAAAAUAUGCCGGGAGGCAUACCGGUAACGCCAGGCGCAGGCGUAAAUAGUGGCGUUGGUAUGAUGAACAUGGACGGCCUACGUAUACCACGUAAACAAAUUGCUUUGAAGAUUUUAACGCUCAAAGUAGCAACAUGGCUGAAGUGGAAUCUCGAUGUAUUGGAAAAGAGUUUGCCAAUACCAAAGCAAUUGUUUUUGUUGCGUGAUUUGUGCACGAUUUGCUUUGGCAAGUUGGUUAGUAUACCUUUGCAACAGGAUUUCCAGGCGAAAAUUUCGACUGACGGGCAUGAACAUGCUGCGCGCUUUGCGCUAACUUUCUACCACCGUUGGGUGUUACGUUUGCAAAUUCUAAAAGAUAUUGCAAUGAAAGCAGCACGUCCUUCCAUGGCUAAUAUGUUUGUGCCAAUGGAGCCGAUGCAUCAAUUUUUUGCUCCUGAUAUACCACCACAAAACAGCGUGGAAUAUCUGCAGGAGCUUUGCAAGUCCACAGAACCGUUUUAUGUCUUCACUUUCGACACAUUUGUAACAUUGCACGCAGACACUGAAACUAUGCGACAAAAUUUCGAAAAUAUGCAAAAAAUUUCUUUAGCCGAGUUACGUGCACAAAUCUACUUCGAUUUGGUUAAUUUCUACUUGUAUACUAAACAAUACCGACAAGCACGCGAAGCUGUGAAUGAGUGUCGGCGCAAUUUGAAGGAGAUGAAAGCUGACUAUGUAGUCGAAUCUGCUAAACGCACAGCGGCUGGUUAUCUCUUUUGCCACGUGAACGAUGAAGAGCUGGAAGGUUAUCUACUGGCUUGCGGCUGUAGCGAGCAACGUACCACUUUAACAGAGCGCUUAAAUGCCUCGUCAUUGAAACAGUAUAAAGACAUCAUUGAAAUCCUACAAGAGGAUAAUCAUAUACGUGAAAUACCACUUGUAAGUCGACGCAUACUCGAACUCGACAUUGAAGGCGCCAUUUCACAGGGUUCACUGAAAGAGUCGCGUUCCCUCGAAAUGCAAGUAGCAGCAUUGAAUUUAGUACGCAGCAUUUUUGAGGAGGGAAAUAUUUUUACAAGCGUGGAUUAUUUUGAGAAAUACAGACAUAUGAAUUGCUUCGUUGCGAUUGUAGAGGCAAUCAGUAAUGUGCUGCCGCAAUGUACACUUGGCGAACGAAACGCAAUCAAAAGAUUUCUCAUAGACAGCGUAUUGAAAGAAAAUAUUGGCAAACAAUUUCUACAACACUUGCAAAACAUACAACUCUUCUCAGCCACCGAAUUGCUUGAUCUAGAACGGCAAACAGCCGAUGAGGAGCUCUCUGUGCCGACACUUGCAACGCUCAGUGAAUGGAAAUUCAAUUCGAAAAUAAUACGCAUUGAGGUCGGAUCACUCGAACGUCAACUAAUCUCAUGCACAAAUGCGAAUACUGUGCGUAAACUUCUAGUAAAGUUGGCUGCUACUAAUCCAGCUAAGCCACUGUGGACAGUAAAUCCAAGUUGGGAGAUUGCAACACCGAUUAAAUCGUUGCUAAUGUCUAUGCAAAGAGGAUUUCUGCAAGACUUUGCUUAUGUUUUAUUGGGCAAAGCGCGCGAGAUGACUGCUAAAAGUGACUACAUCGGUGCGGUGUCUAUGCUAAGCGUACUUAAAUCGGAGACACAACGUCAAGAGCUAUCAAAUACCACAGUUGUUUCAAAGCUUGGCAAGCUGGUGAACUGGGAGAUUUUGUUCAUUCAAAUUACACAGUGCCUGGAAGAGUGGAAUCGGAAAACUUUGGAUCUGCAGUCACUGGGUAACCGCUGCAAACUAUGCUUGGCUUCACUACAAAGCAACGACAACAUUAUACCCCGCAUAGAGAUAAUCGAAAGCUGCGCUAUCAUGCUGCUCAAUCUAGGCGAUUGGAAUACACUAAUGUUCUUAGAUAAGCGUUUGGCACAACUCGAAUUGCCAAUUGCCUUUGCUGCCACCGUACUUGACAUGGAGAAGAUGAAGGGCUCUAAGAAGGUGUGCCGCGAUGCAUUCGAUUUGGUAUUGCAAAUGUUUGUGAAUACCACGAAGCGUAGCGGUGGGCCUGGUGGCAGCGGCGGCACUGGUGGCGGCAGUUCACGGAAUUCACCGUCCCUAGCUGUUUCAACUGGCCUGCAACCGUUUCUGAAACGCAUACGCCACCAGCUGAUCUUCUCAUUGGCCAUAUCAUGCCUCGGAAAAAUACAAAACAUACUUAGAGACGAUACAAAUCAUGAUUUGAGUGGUGAAUAUAUGCAUUUGUGGCCCGCUGGCAUACCCAGUCCCUUGGCGUAUAGCGUGCGUAUAGUGUGUGAGACCUUGCAUUGGCUGUUGACAGAAGCGUUGAAAUAUUAUCCGCAAACUAUUACAUGGUUGAAAACGAAAGGUGAUUUGGAAUUAGCUAUUGGUAAUAAUGAAGCGGCAAUGCGUUGCUAUGUCAAUGCGCUCAUCACUGGCACCGAUUACUGUACUUUUCCAUUGCAACGCAACGUAGCUGAUGAUUAUGUAAUACAUAAAAUGAUACGUUGCUCAUCGAAUUUAGGCUGUCACAUGCAAGCCACUGUGUUGUGCCAGUUCUUGGAGGAAAUCGAUUACGGCAUUGUAUUCAAAAAACUUACCGAGAAAUCUUCGAAUUUCACCGAUGCAAUGGAUGCGUAUUAUAAUUGCAUUUGGGAUACAACGUUAUUGGAAUUUAUAAUAAAUUUACAUGCACGAAAGGGAGAGCACAGCCGAAAGUUAGAAGCGAUCGCUAUUAUGGGCUCACUCGAAUUGAAUGCGAACAACAAUGACGAAAUCAAACGUGAAGCGGCGGCAAUACGGAAAACACGAUUCCUACGCGCACUAGCCAAACAGUAUUUGUUGUAGAAGUACACGUUUUCAUAAUUGGCCUCUAAUUUUAUUUUAUUCCAUUCUUUACGAAACAUGUAAUUUAAGUCGUAGCCGUACUUGUAGCUGUAAGCAGUUUUCUACGUCGACACAAAAUAUACAGACUUAACUUAAUUGUAAAAUAUUGUUGUAAUAUCAAAUAGUUAAAAAGUAAGUUUUAAAAUAUUAUAAUUAAUAAACUGUAUUUGCGACAAUUUCA